UCGCAGAACUCGGGUAUGUAAUAAGUGAACUGCUAAAUUCUGCAAAAAUAGAAAAUUAGUGUGCACAUUUCUCAAUUGAUUUGAAAUGCCCCAACAUGCGAAGACUAGUAUUCCUUGUGAUGAAAGAAAUAUUGAGAUAAAGGCAAGGGUUGGAAGUGACCAAGAAUUUGAAAGUAAAUUCCAAAUAGCGCGCGAACUAACAAAAUCUACCGGCGAGUUACUGGAACAAAAGGAUGUGUUCUUUAAUAUUCUGGAUGAGACUGAUGGCACAAGGUUUAAAUUACGUUACCUACGGCCGCCAACACCCGCGCAGCUGAUUUAUUAUAUACGCCCAAACAAGAGUGGACCUAAACUAUCAGUAUUCACUAGAUUCGAUGUAGCCGAUCCCACGUUGCUUGAGAAAAUCUUGGCACAAAGUAAUGGCAUAAAAGGAGUUUUGGAGAAAAAGAGAUAUUUAUUUAUACACGGUCAAACACGUAUACAUAUGGAUAAAGUGAUGAAUUUAGGAAACUUUAUGGAAUUCGAAGUUUGCCUGCGACCAGAUCAGACGGUGGAGGAGGGACAAGAAAUAGCUAAUGAGCUGAUGAAAACAUUUAAUAUAGAUGAGGAGGACUUAAUGGUUGGUGCUUACUUUGAUGAACUAAAAUAAUUGCAAAUUUGUGGAGACGGGGUAUACAUUUUAAGUAGAACUUGUAACAUAUCCUCUCGAAAAACAUAUUUAUUGAUUUAUGACUAAGUCCAUACUAGAUUUUAGAAGUUUCACAAAUAAACUAUAAUAGCUCAAUUCAAACUCAAU